AUGAAUAAAAUGGGCUUCUGGGGACAUCCUGAAACUAUCUCCUAAGUAAAGAAGGUGGUUCAUUCUCACCUUUGUCCUUUUUUUCUUUAGUCUAGUGUUCUCCACAAGUCAUUGAAUCCAAUGUAUUUUGAAUUCACAAGCCCUAUUCAAGGCAAGAAUGUUAUGUCCAAAUGGAACUACACAGAGAGCUUCCACCUAGACUCUGGUACCUAUGUGGUGGUCCCCACAAUGGAAGAAGGAUUGAAUUUCUAUCUUCAAAUAUUCCUGAAACAUCAGGAUGUCAACAGGGAUCUACAUGAAAGCUUUAAGUUCAUGACUUUUAAGGAGAAUCUUCCACAAGUCCAGAAUCAUGAAAGCAUUUUCAUCAGAUAUGCCCAACAGGGCCCAGAUAUUGAUGCCUCGCAGCUACAAAGCCUUCUCAACAAAGAAUUCCUUAAAAGUAACUCUUCUGAACCCCGAGAGAGAAUGUUCACCUUUGAUGAGUGCCGGAGUAUUUUGGCUCUGAUGGAUGUCAAGGUCAAUGGACGUCUUGACUUAAAAGAAUUUGAGCAGCUGUGGAAGAAGCUUAUUCGGUAUCAGGGCAUUUUCCGGAGAGUAGAGAAGAAUGGCUCUGGAUUCCUCAUGAGUUGGGAUCUGUGGAAAGUGAUACGAGAAUCAGAAUUAUUCCUAGGUCCUUCCAUUAAUAGUGAGCUGCUAGAUCUUAUGGCCAUCAGGUAUGGAGAUGGAGAUGGAAAAAUAUAUUUUGCUGACGUGAUCUGUUUCCUCAUCAGACUUGAAAUCAUGUCAAGGGCUUUUCGUAACCUCUCAAAGGAUGGGAAAGGACUCUACUUGACUGAAACUGAGUGGAUCAAGUUCACUAUGUAUUGCUGAAGUGUUGAUCAAGCCUUACAGAGAAGGGCUCCUGAUAAUCUGAGUGGGGACUGUCUCUCCUGGCCCAGUAUUUCAAGAAGGCUUCAACCAUGCUUCAUUUCACUCCCUUCUCUUCAGUGAUUCUCAACAGCAUCACCAACCGUGGAUACCCUUUCCAAGCCCUCACCUUCAGUCUGGAACCAGGAACAAAUCACCAAUGCCCCCACUAGAAAGUUGUGUCAAUCCAUUCCACUAUGCCCCCACUUGACAUCCCAGUAAAUAUUCUGACCAAAGUGGCUCUCCUUAGUCACCACGCCCAACAUAUGUUGUCUACCUAUUAGAAUUGAAGCUUAAAAGGAGAAGCUGUCUUUUCUUAUAUAUUUGUACUCUUAGUACCUGGCACACCAUAUUGCUUAAUAAAUGCUAUUGCACUGCAUUGUA